UAAUAAUGGCGGGCGGCGCCCCCGCCGAGGAGGGAGCUGGCCAGAACCGUCUCCCUGCUGAGAAAUGCCCGGUGGGACGCCGGGAGGGUGCUGGAUCGGCAUGGGCGUGUAUAAAUAUACUGUUUCCGGCUGUUGCUUUUCCUCGUUUUCUGAGGCCGUCGUCCCCACAAACGUGCUGGAGACAGCGUCACCUCUCUCCUGCAUGCAUCUUGGUCACCUCGUCAACCAAGCGUCUCUUCCCCUACUCCUGAAACGAGCAGCCACCAGACAACACCCCCCAACCAGCGCAUACAGAAUGGUCCACAACAAAGUCACGAUCAUUGGAUCCGGUCCUGCAGCACAUACUGCUGCCAUCUACUUGGCAAGAGCCGAGAUGAACCCGGUGUUGUACGAGGGUAUGAUGGCUAACGGCAUUGCGCCAGGUGGCCAGUUGACCACCACGACCGAGAUCGAAAACUUCCCAGGUUUCCCAGACGGGUUGACCGGUUCCGACUUGAUGGAUCGCAUGAGAAAGCAGUCCGAAAGAUUUGGUACCAAGAUCAUCACCGAGACCAUCUCCAAGGUUGAUUUCUCAUCCAAACCGUUCAAGCUCUGGAGUGAGUUCUACGAGGACGGUGAGCCAAUCACUACCGACGCUGUGGUUAUCGCCACCGGUGCCUCUGCCAAGAGAUUGGGCUUGCCAGGUGAGGACACCUACUGGCAACAAGGUAUCUCUGCCUGUGCUGUGUGUGACGGUGCCGUGCCUAUCUUCAGAAACAACCCAUUGGCCGUUAUUGGCGGUGGUGACUCUGCCUGCGAAGAGGCCUUGUUCUUGACCAAGUUUGGCUCCAAGGUGUACAUGAUUGUCAGAAAGGACCACUUGAGAGCAUCCACCAUCAUGCAGAAGAGAGUCGAAAAGAACGAGAAGUUGGAGAUACUCUACAACACCGUUUCCUUGGAGGCUAAAGGUGACGGCAAGUUGUUGUCCCAUUUGCAGAUAAAAAACACUGAGACCAACGAAGUCAAGGACCUUCCCGUCAACGGAUUGUUUUACGCCAUAGGUCACACCCCGGCCACCCAGGUGUUCAAGGACCAACUUAAGACUGACGAGACCGGCUACAUUCUCACCAAGCCAGGCACCGCCUCCACCUCCAUCGAAGGUGUCUACGCCGCAGGUGACGUCCAGGACAGCAAGUACAGACAGGCUAUUACUUCCGCCGGAACCGGUUGUAUGGCUGCGCUGGAGGCAGAACACUACUUGUCCUCUUUAGAAGCAUGAUCAAAUUUUCAUUCCCUUCACGUAUAAUAUAUAUAACUCUCUUCGAACAACUAAUGUAUAGGUAAUUAUGAGAAAUAAUCGUCC